AUGCCGUCGAUGCAGUACAAGACCUGCGACAUCUGCCGCAAGAGAAAGGCAAGUCCAGGGCGACCCCAAUAUCCACAAAAUGAACCGGUGCUGACUGUACAGACGAAAUGCCUACCGCCAUCAGAUGAUAAUGAGAAGCACGACAAGGAGGCAGCCUGCAUGAAUUGCGCUCGACUCGGGAUCAAGUGCACCUAUGACCACGUCUACAAACGUCCAGGAAGGCCCACAUCCUUUACCCGAGAGUCAGGAUCAGGGGAGCCGUCCGAUGUUCAUUCUCGGUCUCCACCAAUGCCCUCGCAGGCGGGCAAUCGGCCGAGCUUGCCCUCCUUCCACAGCUCGGACAGCCAAGGUGGACCAUCACGGAAUGGCGGGCGGCUAUCCUAUCAGGAUGAUGUCGCCGCCAUGGCUGGUUAUCAAGUGGACGUGCAGUCUUCUCGGCCGGAGCAUGAAUCUGCGUCUUCCCAUUCGGUGACAGCCAACGGUGGGCACGCGAAUUACGCUCCCCGCUUCUCUCCUCUCGGUCCUCGGAGAUCGCUUCCUGAGGGCAAAUUUACUUCAGGCACGAUCGACCCAUUAUCGUUCCUCGCAAACGCCUCGCCAGCACGUCCUCUCACCGCCGGGCUCGACAUCUCCGAGUGGUCGGAGCAUGAUCUCAUCACUGACUGGCCUACCGGGAGUACAAGCGGAUCGGGUCGUAUACCAGGACCAGGCGGUCUGGUUCCGGAACCCUAUCCCGGUCAGGCAGAAAAUCAUCUACCUGACGUCAGUGCCAGACCGCCCAUUCCCACACUGCUCGUACCUCCCUCCUCCCGCCGCGUACCCGAGAUACCCCUCCCCACAGGCGGCGCGGACAUUCAGCUGGAUCACGUCGCUCCCUGGAGUACCAUAUCAAUCAUCAUUCGGCUGUACCUCGCAUACUCCCAUUCGCUAUUCCCUAUGGUCCAUCGGCCGACAUUCAGCCAAAGCCUGGCGAUGAGACGCGAUAAGGUGGAUAGGGACUUUCGAGCGCUGGUAUUAGGUAUAGUGGCAUAUACGAUAGGACAGUCGCCUCUCGGCCGGAUGACAGACUUUACUCGCGGCGAAUUAGCGUCCCUGCAGCAUCGAUGUCAUCGCGCGAGCAUGAUGCUGCUAGACCGCAGCUACCGGACGCCCAAUAUAAUGCAUGUCGGCACAUUAUCAGCUGGCUACUUCUACUGUCAAUCAGUGGGAAAGACGAACCGCGCUUUGACCCUCCUCGCCGAGGCCUGCCAGCUCAUGUUUCUUAUGCGGAUGCACGAUGACGACGCCACUGCUGGGAUGGGUCUGGACGCUGUGGACAUCCAGCUCAGGAGAAGGAUAUGGUGGCAUGUUCAUGCUGUAGACAUUACCGAAGCUUCUGCCGGGAAUAAGAUUCACCUCAACGCCUUCGAAGGCCGACCUUCCCUUCCCCUCGAAGUGGACGACGAGUUCCUUACUUCACAGGGGUCCUUCCCACAACCCCCAAAUCAGACGUCAUACAUGAUCGGCUUUGUCGCCUGUAUCCGCCAGUUUCCUCUCCUCGAGGAGCCUAUCCGCCGCACCCGGACCCUUUUGUCGAGCCGCAAACGCGGAGAAAGACCGCGAUACGAAGAUGUCGAGGCGGAGCUGCAGUGGAUCGAUACCGCUCUUCUGGAGCUGGACGAGAUCAUGCAGUUCCUCCCAGACAUACUGAAGCUGGGAUGGACAUUCGACGAGCCGAUGGAUGAGAUCAGGCUGGCAGUCAUGGGGAUGCAGCGGGCCAAUCUCGCCAUUACUGCUGUUUCUAUCCGGUUCGCCUUGGCGGAUUACAAAGCUGAACUUGUUGAGCCUGGAACGACAAUCCUCGAUUCUGAACGGGCUACGAUGGGAAAAGAAGCGUACGAGACGCUUUCGUGUAUUGGUCUGGAUGACCUAGCCGCAAACGGGGAGAGCAUGAGAGGAAAAAUCUUCCGGAUCCUUCUCGGCCUGCUGAAGUGCAACGGCGAGUCGCAAGAAUGGUUCAACAUGCUGCAGGACUGGUGGUCUUUGUUCAGCAGAGUACAGUUCGUCCAGCUCAUGGCAUCGAACGUGGACUCUCGACUACCAAGUCGGCAAAAUAGCCCAGAGGCAGCAGGCAUCGGCGGAAGUCUAGUCAGUUAG